GCCGGGCUCGGGGUGGGGGCAGGCCCCGGCCCGGCCCCCGGGUGGGGCGGGCGGCGGCGGGGCCGGCUCGCUCUCUCCCUGCCUCCCUCCCUCCCUGCCUCCUUCCCUCCUCAGUGCUGCGGCAGCUCUGGGCGGCGGCGGCUCGGCGGACCCGCUAGCGACUCGGCCCCGGCGCGGAGGAGACCGGAGAUGGCGAAGAACACAAGAGGUACCGUGAAGGCCUUCUCUCCUUUUGAUGCCAGAGCUGAUGCAGAGGCCCUUCGUAAGGCCAUGAAGGGAAUGGGGACUGAUGAAGAAACUAUUCUGAAGAUCCUUACCGGCAGAAACAACAGUCAGCGCCAAGAAAUUGCGUCUGCCUUUAAAACCUUAUUUGGCAGGGAUCUUGUAGAUGACCUGAAAUCAGAGCUUACUGGCAAAUUUGAAACCUUGAUGGUAUCUUUGAUGAGACCAGCAUACAUUUUUGAUGCUCAUGCACUGAAGCAUGCCAUCAAGGGAGCAGGAACCAAUGAGAAAGUGUUGACUGAAAUUCUUGCCUCCAGAACACCUGCGGAAGUGCGGAAUAUAAAACAGGUUUAUCUGCAAGAAUAUGAGGCCAACUUGGAGGAUAAGAUCACGGGAGAAACAUCAGGCCAUUUUCAGAGACUGCUGGUGGUCCUGCUGCAGGCAAAUAGAGAUCCUGAUGGCAGAGUUGAUGAGGGUCUUGUUGAGCAGGAUGCUCAGGUCUUGUUUAGGGCCGGGGAGCUGAAAUGGGGAACAGAUGAAGAAAAGUUCAUCACCAUCUUGGGAACCCGAAGUGUUUCCCAUUUAAGGAGGGUGUUUGACAAAUACAUGACCAUUUCUGGCUUUCAAAUUGAAGAAACCAUUGAUCGUGAAACCUCUGGUGAUUUGGAGAAGCUGCUUCUGGCAGUUGUGAAAUGCAUCCGAAGCAUUCCUGCCUAUUUUGCCGAGACCCUGUAUUAUUCCAUGAAGGGGGCUGGCACUGAUGAUGAGACCCUGAUCAGAGUCAUGGUUUCAAGGAGUGAAAUUGAUCUGCUGGAUAUUAGACAAGAACUCAGAAAGAAUUUUGCAAAAUCCUUGCAUCAAAUGAUUCAGAAAGAUACGUCUGGGGACUACAGGAAAGCACUCCUGCUCCUCUGUGGUGGAGAUGAUGAGUAAUGCUGGCAGUGACAUGAAGGAUUUGUACUCUAGCUUUGCAGUCCUUUAGUUAGCACGUCUAGCUAAGAUUUUGUAUGUUAAUGCUUUAUGGCUGUUUGAAUUUAUACUCUUAUCGCACUUGUUUAAAAGCAAGCAUAUUGUUGUCCAACUGAUAGCCAGUCCCUUCUCCUCCUGACAUCCCAACUUCCAGGAAUUUCAAGUGCCUUCUGUGAGUACGUGGGUGUUCUCCUCAUGGAAGAUGAGUACUGAGCACAGAACUUGGUUCUUUGCAAGUGUUUUGCUGACAUAGGAAAAAAUAAUCAUGCAUUUCGCUAAUAAUUUAAAAAUGUUUUGCUUUUAUUCCUUACAUUUCCAUUGAAUGUUAAACUAGCUCUAACAUUGUGAAUGAAGAAAAUAUAUCCUUUGUAUGUAAUAUUUGAAUGAAUUUGCUAAACAUAAUACAAGCAGUCAUUGGAAAUCUAAAGGACCAAUAAAUUUUUUCCCUCUCA